AUGGUUUCCGGCCUAUUCAACUCCGGCUGGGGGAACCCCAACAUGACCACCCUCUGUGGCUGCUACGUCUACAUCGACUGCAAUCUCAAAUACCUCCCCCAAGUCCAGGUCAAGGCCCACACCACAAUCCUUGCCACGACAUCUCGCACCAACCUCACUCAAACCUUUGUCAAUCCCACCCCCAACACCAUCCAAGAACUUCGCUAUGUAUUCCCUCUCUAUGACGGCGUCUCUGUCGUGGCCUUUACUUGCACUGUCGGGUCCAAGGUCAUCAAGGGACAAGUCAAGGAACGCCAAAAGGCACAGCAGGACUACAACAAAGCCAAAGAAAACGGACAAGUCGCUGGUCUUUUCAAACAGUCCCUCAAAGCCGCCGACACUUUCACCACAACAAUUGGCAAUGUUCCAGCCGGCGAAAACGUCCUUGUCGACAUCACCUAUCUUGGUGAGCUCAAACAUGAUGCCCAAGUCGACGGUCUUCGCUUUACCAUUCCGACCAAAAUUGUGCCCCGGUAUGGAUCUGCUGAGUCGCUGACCGGUUCCAACGUGACUCAACAAGGCUUUUCUUUUACUAUUGAUGCCGAAAUGCCCAACGGCUCUUCUAUCAAAUCCAUUCAGUCUCCUUCACACCCCUUGUCUGUUGAGAUCGGCACCACUUCUACUACAAAAUCACAGGAGCCUACCCUUCGUAGAGCCUCUGCAACGCUGCAACAGGGAACCACCCAUUUGGAGCAGGAUUUUGUUGUACAAGUGGCCGCUACAAACCUUGGUGAACCAUCAGCCAUUCUUGAGACCCAUCCUGAUCUGCCUAACCAGCGUGCAAUCAUGACAACAUUGGUCCCCAAGUUUAAGCUUCCUGCUGAAAAGCCUGAGAUUGUCUUUAUCUGCGAUCGUAGUGCAAGUAUGAGCAAUCAAAUCUCCAAUCUCCAAACCGCCCUUGAGGUCUUCCUCAAAUCGAUUCCUGUCGGUGUCAAGUUCAAUAUCUGUAGCUUUGGGUCAGACUUUAGCUUCCUUUGGGAGCGUUCUCAAACCUACAGUCAAGAAACUCUCGACCAAGCGAUCCAGCACGUGAGAACCUUCCAUGCCAACUAUGGCGGCACUGAAAUGUACAAGCCUGUGGAAGCCACCUUCAAAAAGCGCUAUAGAGACAUGAAUCUGGAGGUCUUCCUUCUUACGGAUGGCGAAAUUUGGGACCAGGAUGCACUUUUCAAGCUCAUCAACGACGAAGUCGCUCAAAGCAAGGGCACAGCGAGGGUAUUUUCCCUUGGCAUUGGAUCUGGCGCCAGCACCUCUUUGAUCGAGGGCGUUGCUCGCGCAGGUAACGGCUUUUCCCAAACGGUUGCCGAUUAUGAAAAGAUGGACAAGAAGGUGGUACGUAUGCUUAGAGGAGCUUUGUUUCCUCAUAUUACCGAUUAUUCUCUCACUAUCAAGUAUGAGAAAGUGGAAACCCUUGCUGAGGAUGGUUUCGAGUUGGUCGAAAAGGUCAUGGACGGCCUCAAGAUUAACACUGCCGAGGCUGUUGGUCAGAGUUUUGAAGGGGUUCAAGCAUCGAAGAAAUCAGUGUCGCUUUUUGAUUCAUCUAUCGACAACGAUGACAGUGGCGACAUGCUUGGCGCACCCGCUGUUGACAACAAAUUUGACCAUCUUCCUACUGUACCAGUGCCUCGUUAUCUCCAAACUCCUAGUCAGAUCCCUCCCCUCUUCCCCUUCAACCGCACUACUGUCUACAUCCUUCUCUCUGAUGAAACACCCGAGAAGCGGCCAAAGUCAGUUGUUCUCAAAGGUACUUCUCGCAGCGGGCCGCUCGAACUUGAAAUACCCAUUACUGAACUUGCCGAGAGGGAUUCAACAAUUCACUGCCUUGCAGCUCGCAAGGAAAUCAAGGAACUUGAAGAAAGUAGAGGCUGGCUGACUCACGCAAAAGACUACUACGGCAAGCCUCUCAAAGAAAGGUACGACGGUUAUUUCUCAGACAUGGUAGAAAGAGAAGCAGUGCACCUUGGAGUCAAAUUCCAAGUUGGCGGCAAGUGGUGCUCAUUCGUUGCUGUUGAACAUGAUGGCAAAUUCGACUUUGAAGAAGGAGAAGACGAGUCCCUGAGGCCAGUAGGUUUCGGUAAUGAUAUUAUGGUGAAGAGGAGCCGUGCCCCGAUGCAGGCUCAGAUGGCAUCCUUUCCAAUGAAUGCUAGUCUCCCCACACCAAACUUCUGGCUUGGAAGCAGGCCCAACACUAAUAACACUGGAGGUGGUCUUUUCGGUUCAGCUUCAGGAGGACAACCCAGCAGUGGCGGUGGACUCUUUGGUUCAGCCUCAGGAGGACAACCCAGCAGUGGCGGUGGGCUCUUUGGUUCAACCUCAAGAGGACAACCCAGCAGUGGCGGUGGACUCUUUGGCUCAGCAUCCGGAGCUUCUUCUAAAACCGGCGUGAACCCCUUUGGCUCGGCCCCAGGAGGACAGCCCAGUUCUGGUGGUAGGUUAUCUGCCUUAGCGUCAAGUGGCCUAUCCAACACAGGCUCAGGCGGUCUUUUUGGCUCGGCUCCAGGAGGACAAGCCAAAGCUGUUCUCUUUGGAGCCUCUUCUGGAGGGUCGCUCGGUUUGGGUAAUUCUAUUGUCGGUGGUGGUGGUGCCCAGAGCCUUUUCGGCAACAGUCAACCGCCAGUCGUGCAAUCCGCAGCACUUGCACCCCCAACAGCACAAGUCGACGAAAACAUGUUAGCUCAGUACCGAAGCGAGAUGGACGAGGCUGCUGCCAUGCCAUUGGCAGACGAGUCAGAUGAAUGUGAAGAUGAGGGCUUUGGGUUGUUCGAUGAUGGACCUGCUCCUGCCAAGGCAACAAAGGAAGAAGCUGAAGAGUCAGAUGAAGACAUGGGCUUUUGCUCGUUUGAUUAUGCUGGGCCUGUUGCUCCUACUUCCGCCGCCCCCUCUUCUUCUGUGCCAGUCAAGGAUAAAGGUCCGUUGCAAGCUCUUACAAGUUUGCAGACAUUCUCAGGUAGCUGGUCGUGGAAUGCAGACCUUGAACGCGUGCUUGGCGUGAACUUUGAACAGGUCACCAAGCUUGGUCUCCCAUCUACUUAUAAGGACGACAUACUAGCAACAGCUUGUGCGAUCUUGUUCUUCAAGCUGAAGCUGAAGGAAGAAGAGGAUGUUUGGGAGAUGCUGGUGGAGAAGGCUGAAGGGUGGUUGGAGGACAAGGUAGGAGAAGAUGGUGUCAAGGAGCUUCAGGUUGCUCUUGAGAAUUUGCUCUAG